AUGGCAUAUGAUCGCUAUGUUGCAAUAUGCAAGCCCUUGAGGUAUCACUUUCUAAUGAAUAAUUCAUUCUGUGCUCUAAUAACAUCUACUUGCUGGGUUCUUGGAAUGGUGGAUCCCUUACCACACACUGUACUUAUAUCACAUCUGUCAUUCUGUGGGUCCCAUGUGAUUAAUCAUUUCUUUUGUGAUAUGUCAGUAGUAUUAAAGCUAUCUUGUGAGGACACAUCUUUCAUUGAAUCCAUGACUUAUCUUUUUGGCUUACUGUUAGAACUCCCAGUCUUUCUACUGCUUUUAAUUUCCUAUUGUUACAUAAUCUGUGCUAUAUUCAAGAUCCAAUCUGGUAAAGGCAGGAGCAAAGCUUUCUCUACAUGUUCAUCUCACCUCACUGUUGUUAUCCUCUUCUAUGGCACAGUUUGGAUCAUGUAUCUGAGACCUUUAUCUCAGUAUUCAGCCGAUCAUUCUAAACCAUUUGCCCUACUUUACACUGCUUUAAUUCCAUUGGUUAAUCCAUGUAUCUACACCUUAAGGAACAGAGAUGUGAGAAAUUCAAUUUUUAGAAGAAAUAUUGUUCAAAUUGAUUAA